AUGAACAGAAGAAGCAACCAUGAUCAAACUGGCACCGGGGGAGGCUGCACGGCCGGCGGCGGGUGGGCAGCGCGAAAGAGGCUGUCCAGGCUGGUGCGGCGCGAUCGGACAUUCGCGGAGAGGCUGGGCGGCAGCGGUAACAAUGUUGACGUCCGUACCAUAUAUUAUAACGAAAUCAAUGCAUCAUAUAAAAGGACUAAAGUGGGAGAGGCAGUCAGGGGUGGGCAUAUAUCACCUUUGUUGAUUGGCAGAGAUAGUGUAGCGCUGUCACACCUUCAGUUUGCUGAUGAUACGAUUCUAUUCUGCCCACCGGAGGAGGACACUAUCAAGAAUUACAAGCGGCUAUUGAGAUGCUUUGAGUUGAUGUCAGGCCUCAGCAUCAAUUUUGAAAAGUCGAGCUUGAUUCCGAUAAACUGUGAAGAACAGUGGAUCAGGAAUAUGUGCCAGUUGUUGGGGUGUAAAGGUGAGACCCUUCCAGUUAAAUACCUAGGUAUUCCCUUAGGUGCAAAUCCGAGGUUAGUGAAGACCUGGAAGCCUAUAUUAGACAGAGUAGAGGAGAAGCUCAGUCUAUGGAAAGCUAAACUUCUGAAUAAGGCUGGGAAGUUGGUUCUGAUAAAAUCAGUCUUGAAUAGUCUGCCUGUGUAUUAUUUGAGUUUGUUCAAGCUGCCGAAAGCUGUUGCUGAGAAAUUGAUCUCACUACAAAGAAGGUUCUUGUGGAGUAAGGAGGAUGGUAGUAAUGGAAUGGCAUUAGUCAAAUGGGAAGUGGUGCAGACCCCGAAAAAACUAGGAGGGUUGGGAGUUGGGGAUGCUAUGGUUCGGAACACAGCUAUGUUAUUUAAGUGGUGGUGGCGGUUUGCUAAGGAGGAUUGCCCGCUGUGGAAGAAGGUGGUUUGUUCCUGCUAUAAUCUGAAUCCUCAAGAGAUGCUGUCAACUCAAGUGUUACCUACUAGAGGGGGACUGUGGAAGGAUAUCUGCCAGCUACAUAUAACGAAUGAUCAGAUAAGGGAUAAGAUGGUUACGGGUUUGUCUAUGGAGGUUGGGGAUGGGCGCCGUACACGUUUUUGGGAAGAUAUUUGGUUGCUUUGUGGGCCUCUAAAAGAACGAUUCCCCAGGUUAUUCUCUGUUUCAAACCAAUGUGGAUCUGUUAUAGGGGACUGUGGGUUUUGGGACGGAGAGGAUAGGGUAGUAUGGAAAUAUGACAGACAAGGAGUUUAUACAACUAACUCAUUUGUUAAGGUUUUGCAGGAGGCGAUACUACCGGAGGAGGUGUGGAGUGCUUGGUUAGCGAUGUUUGGACAACAAUGGUCUAUUUCAGGGUCAAUGCGAGAACAUUUUCUGAGCUGGACAGAGGGACCAAGGAGGAGGGAGGAUAAAGAACAACGACUGAGAUGCUUUUGUGCGAUUGUUUGGAACAUCUGGCUGGAGAGAAAUAGAAGGAUAUUUCAGAACAGGAACAAAGGUGUUGAAGAUAUCACUCACAUGACUGUGUUGAGCCAUAACGAGUGGAGUGGUGUAGACCCCUUUUGUUGUUGA